GUUUGGCGGAGUGGGAGGGGUGGAGCAGGACCCAGACCCUGAGUGGCUGGGAUCCUUCUUCCUGUCCCUGGCUGCUGCUGAGCCCCAGUCCCCAUGGUAACUGAUCUGCCUUGGAGAGGAAGGAGCCCUGCCCUGCCUGUGGAAUUGUCCUGAGUCAUUGCUUUGGGCUGGGGCCAUGGGAAGAAACCAUUGUGUGGCGGGGAAGGACGUGGUUCUUGGCCCAGGCCUAAACCAGGAAAGCCUGGGAAACUGGGACCCACAGGUGGGCACGAAAGGGCCGCAGCAAGGGCUCCCAGCAGUGUGUAAGACCGGGAGCUGGUCUGGCGCCACUGCCCUGGUCCUUCCAGCUGCCUGUCACUGGUAUGAUGGCCCCGGUGCAUUGUGCCACCAACAGGCCACAGCUGUGGAUCUUGGAAAGCCUCUGGGGUCCCCCAGGGGCAGGGGAGUGGGUGUGGGGGGGACGGAUGUUGGUGAGAGGGACAGACCAGGCGGGCUGACGAGCAGGGCGGGCCUGGCUCACGUGGGCCUGUAGGCGGGCCCACGCCAAGUUUCACUUCCCGCCACUGCUGCCAGCGAGAGCCGCGGGAGAGUGUGCAGCCGAGUCACUACUGCCUGCCUGCCUGCCUGCCUGCCUGCCUGCUACGGCUCAGCGGCAGGUACCUACCCAACCAUGGGCUCGCAGGCCCUGCCCCCGGGGCCCAUGCAGACCCUCAUCUUUUUCGACAUGGAGGCCACUGGCUUGCCCUUCUCCCAGCCCAAGGUCACGGAGCUGUGCCUGCUGGCUGUCCACAGAUGUGCCCUGGAGAGCCCCCCCACCUCUCAGGGGCCACCUCCCACAGUUCCUCUACCACCGCGUGUGGUGGACAAGCUCUCCCUGUGUGUGGCUCCAGGGAAGGCCUGCAGCCCUGCAGCCAGCGAGAUCACAGGUCUGAGCACAGCUGUGCUGGCAGCACAUGGGCGUCAAUGUUUCGAUGACAACCUGGCCAACCUGCUCCUAGCCUUCCUGCGGCGCCAGCCACAGCCCUGGUGCCUGGUGGCACACAAUGGUGACCGCUACGACUUCCCCCUGCUCCAAGCAGAGCUGGCUAUGCUGGGCCUCACCAGUGCUCUGGAUGGUGCCUUCUGUGUGGAUAGCAUCACUGCACUGAAGGCCCUGGAGCGAGCAAGCAGCCCCUCAGAACAUGGCCCAAGGAAGAGCUACAGCCUAGGCAGCAUCUACACACGCCUGUAUGGGCAGUCCCCUCCGGACUCGCACACGGCUGAGGGUGACGUCCUGGCCCUGCUCAGCAUCUGUCAGUGGAGACCACAGGCCCUGCUGCGGUGGGUGGAUGCUCACGCCAGGCCCUUCGGCACCAUCAGGCCCAUGUAUGGGGUCACCGCCUCUGCUAGGACCAAGCCAAGACCAGCUGCUGUCACAACCACUGCACACCUGGCCACAACCAGGAACACUAGUCCCAGCCUUGGAGAGAGCAGGAAACCCAAGGAUCUUCCUCCAAUGAAGGACCCUGGAGCCCUACCCAGGGAGGGGCUGCUGGCCCCACUGGGUGUGCUGGCCGUCCUGACCUUGGCAGUAGCCACACUAUAUGGACUAUCCCUGGCCACACCUGGGGAGUAGGCCAAGAAGGAAAAUCUGACGAAUAAAGACCCCCCCCCCAAUA